AUGGAAAAAGUGAAACAGGCCAAUCGCGGUCUUUCAGAAGCUGAACUGAACAGCAUCUCUGGUCUUGUUAGCACUUAUAUUGCAGACAUUAAAGCCAAUGUACUAAAUCCAAAAACAAGAGAUUAUUACCAGAUUCUAAAACCGUCUGCCUUGACGCGUCUGUAUGUGAUGUCGUCUCUCUUUUUGGAUCAACGGCUCCUGAUCUACAGACUCUUCAAGAUGAUGUCGAUACAAAUGUUGCAUUAG